AUGUGGACGGCGCUACAACUUCAUUCACCAACAUCUUGGCCUCCUAACACCGUCACCACCACCGCCGGAACGCCUCAACGACGACAACAACUUCAUCCACCAAAAUCCUGUCCUCCUAACACCAUCUCCACCACCGCCGGAACGCCUCAACGACGUCACCCCACGCUCUCCGUGGGAAAACCGGGCAGCGGCCGAACUUUUUCACGCGCAGUUAUCGUCAAAGCCCUAAAGUCCGACGAGCCGAAGCUGCUUGUAAAGGCCCCCAAAUCGGAUGCGAUGACGAUACCGAGCGGCGCGGACGUACUGAGAGCACUGGAGAUGGCCGCGGCUGAAAGAGCUAAGAGAAAGAAGGAGAAGAAGAGGGAAGCAGGGGUCAUUUCGAGAAAAAAAGAAAAUCAAGGGACUCCUCGCAAUUUAGAUGCCGUCAGGCCUCUCUCUGUGAAAUCCGAAUGGGACGAUCGAUUGGAGGAAUUAGAAAGGAGGCUCGAACAGCUUGCGAGUGGGUAA